AUGAUUUCAACAUCAGUGAUCAUCAUGCUUGUGUUUGGAGCCGCUGUCUGCAUGCCGGAGACAGCCAACGAUCAUGAGCAUCAAGAUGUUCACGAGAAUGUGGCGUUGGAGAAACGAUCGCCACACUAUAACUUUGGCCUCGGGAAACGCGCGUACAGCUACGUAUCGGAAUACAAAAGGCUGCCUGUAUACAAUUUCGGAUUAGGAAAACGAUCCCGCCCGUACUCAUUCGGUCUCGGCAAACGUUCAGUUGAAGACGAUCAGAGCGAUGAGGAGUUCCCAAUGGAAAUUGAUCAACCUACUUUGACCGAUAUCUUUGAACAGUAUGACGAAAUGCCAGUAUACGAAGCAAAACGAGCACGCCCAUACAGUUUCGGUCUCGGCAAACGGCUAUCCGAAAAUACUGAUGACGUAGACGAGAAACGAACCCGCAUGUACGACUUUGGACUUGGAAAACGACCUCAGUUAUACAGUUUUGGUUUGGGGAAACGAGCCAGGAACUACAAUUUCGGUCUCGGUAAACGUUACAGCGGCAAAUUCAACUUCGGUCUUGGAAAACGGGAGAGGGAUCUCCACAGGUUUAGCUUCGGUCUAGGCAAAAGAUCGGCGGAUUCUAUCGACGACACCGACAAUUACAUGGACGUUUAG